CCCUGUCUGUAAAUUGGGGGUGACCCCAGAAGCCAAUUUGCAGAACUGGGGGCUAAAAAUAAAUGAUUCCUGUGCAGUGUCUCACACCUGUAAUCCCAGCACUUUGGGAGGCCGAGGCAGGAGGAUUGCUUGAGGCCAUAAGUUUGAAACCAGCUUGGGUAACCUAAUAAGAGCCCCCACCUCUACAGAAAUAAAAAUAAAUUAGCUGUGGGUGGUACACGCACCUGUAGUCCCAGCUACUCAGGAGGCUGAGGCAAGAGGAUCGCUGGAGCCCAGGAGUUGGAGGCCACAAAAUUCUGAGCGGAGUUAUUCGGAGUGUCAAGAAGGAUGGGGAGUGGAAGGUGCUUAUCAUGGAUCACCCGAGUAUGCGCAUCUUGUCUUCUUGCUGCAAGAUGUCAGACAUCCUGGCCGAGGGCAUCACCAUUGUUGAAGACAUCAACAAACGGCGGGAACCCAUUCCCAGCCUGGAGGCCAUUUAUUUGCUGAGCCCCACGGAGAAGUCGGUUCAGGCCCUGAUCAAAGACUUCAAGGGGACCCCGACCUUCACCUACAAAGCAGCCCAUAUCUUCUUCACCGACACCUGCCCCGAGCCCCUGUUCAGUGAGCUGGGCCGCUCUCGUCUGGCAAAGGUGGUGAAGACGUUGAAGGAGAUUCACCUUGCCUUCCUCCCCUAUGAGGCCCAGGUGUUCUCCCUCGAUGCCCCCCACAGCACCUACAACCUCUACUGCCCCUUCCGGGCGGAGGAGCGCACGCGGCAGCUCGAGGUGCUGGCCCAGCAGAUUGCCACGCUGUGCGCCACCCUGCAGGAGUACCCGGCCAUCCGCUACCGCAAGGGCCCAGAGGACACAGCCCAGUUGGCCCAUGCCGUCCUGGCCAAGCUGAAUGCCUUCAAGGCAGACACUCCCAGUCUGGGCGAGGGCCCAGAGAAAACCCGCUCCCAGCUGCUGAUCAUGGACCGGGCAGCUGACCCCGUGUCCCCACUACUGCAUGAGCUCACGUUCCAGGCCAUGGCCUAUGAUCUGCUGGACAUAGAGCAGGACACAUACAGGUAUGAGACCACCGGGCUGAGCGAGGCACGGGAGAAGGCCGUCUUGCUGGACGAAGACGAUGACUUGUGGGUGGAGCUUCGCCACAUGCACAUCGCAGAUGUGUCCAAGAAGGUCACAGAGCUCCUGAGGACCUUCUGUGAGAGCAAGAGGCUGACCACGGACAAGGCGAACAUCAAAGACCUAUCCCAGAUCCUGAAAAAGAUGCCGCAGUACCAGAAGGAGCUGAAUAAGUAUUCUACGCACCUGCACCUAGCAGAUGAUUGCAUGAAGCACUUCAAGGGCUCGGUGGAGAAGCUGUGUAGUGUGGAGCAGGACCUGGCCAUGGGCUCCGACGCAGAGGGGGAGAAGAUCAAGGACUCCAUGAAGCUGAUCGUGCCGGUGCUGCUGGACGCGACGGUGCCCGCCUAUGACAAGAUCCGGGUCCUGCUGCUCUACAUCCUUCUUCGGAAUGGUGUGAGUGAGGAGAACCUGGCCAAGCUGAUUCAGCAUGCCAAUGUACAGGCGCACAGCAGCCUCAUCCGCAACCUGGAGCAGCUGGGAGGCACUGUCACCAACCCCGGGGGCUCGGGCACCUCCAGCCGGCUGGAGCCAAGAGAACGCAUGGAGCCCACCUAUCAGCUGUCCCGCUGGACCCCGGUCAUCAAGGACGUAAUGGAGGACGCCGUGGAGGACCGGCUGGACAGGAACCUGUGGCCCUUCGUAUCCGACCCCGCCCCCACAGCCAGCUCCCAGGCCGCUGUCAGUGCCCGCUUCGGUCACUGGCACAAGAACAAGGCUGGCGUAGAGGCCCGGGCGGGUCCCCGGCUCAUCGUGUAUGUCAUGGGCGGUGUGGCCAUGUCAGAGAUGAGGGCCGCCUACGAGGUGACCAGGGCCACCGAGGGCAAGUGGGAGGUGCUCAUUGGCUCCUCACACAUCCUCACCCCAACCCGCUUCCUGGAUGACCUGAAGACAUUGGACAAGAAGCUGGAGGACAUCGCCCUGCCCUGACCCCUGGCCCCGCCCCCUACCCCUUCCUUUCCAGAGAAAUAAACUCUUCCUGUCUCUGCCA